AUGGCUCCUUCUUCCAAAGACCGGAAGAUGACCAUGUUCGACGAAAGUGAAGACGAAUCCGAUGGAGGCGCACAACUCAAGGUCAACAACGAAUACGCUGCACGUUUCGAACACAACAAGAAGCGGGAAGAGCGCCACAGGCUAGAGGAAAAAUUCGGCAAGGGCAAACCCCAGGACCACCAAGACCACGACGACGACGAAGACGAUUCCGACGAUGAGACCGAGGAUGAGGAUGGCUACCUCGCAACCGAAGAGCUCGAUGCUCAGCUCAUGGCCACCCUCGAAGCUCUCCGCAAGAAGGACCCUCGCAUCUACGAUCCCGAGGCCAAAUUCUACGACCCAGUAGACGGCGCCCCCCAGCCACAGCCCAAGGAAAAGAAGGAGAAACCAGUCACACUACGAGACUACCACCGCGAGAGAAUCCUCGCCGGCGACACGGGAGCCGACGAGGACCAAGAGCACCCCCAGACAUACGGCCAGGAGCAAGACAGCUUGAAAAAGUCCAUCCUGGGCGAGAUCAACUCCCAGAUCAAGGGCCACCACGAGAGCGAAGACGACGACGGUGAUGACUUCUUGAAGCCCAAGGCCGGCGAGGCAGAGCGCAUCAAGAAGGAGCUGGCAUCCGACGGCAUGCAUCCGUCGCGGGCCGCCAAUGUCAAGGGGGCCAAGGCGGCCAAGGGCAAGAAGGCCUUGUCCAACCUCGAUGUCGCAAAUGCCGAAAAGGACCCCCAAACCUACCUGUCGAACUUCCUGGCUGCCCGCGCUUGGAUUGAGCCCGGAAAGAACAACUGGCAAGCUUUCGACUCGGAUCAAGAGGACAGCGAUGGCAAGGCUGACGAAUGGGAGGUUGCCUACAACCUGCGAUUCGAGGAUCCCAGCAAGAGCAACGAGGUUCUCAAGUCCUACGCCAGAGACGUCGUCGAUGCCAAGUCCGUUCGCCGCGACGAGAAGUCGGGCAGAAUGAAGAAGCGUGAGGAGGAGCGCGCACAGAAGGAGGCAGAGAAGCAAGAACGUCGUGAGGAGCGCAACCGCCUCCGCAACUUGAAGAUUGAGGAAGCAGAGGCCAAGCUGAAGCAAAUCAAGAAGGCAGCUGGUCUUUCCGGCAAGGACCUCGACGAGGACGAGUGGAUCAAAUUCCUCGACGACAAGUGGGACAACGACAAGUGGGAAGAAGAGAUGAACCGAAAGUUUGGCGACGAAUAUUACGCCGAGGGUGAGGGAGCAUCGGAUGACGAAGACAGCAAGAAGCACAAGGUCAAGAAGCCCAAAUUCGAUGACGAUAUCGACAUCAAGGAUCUUGUGCCCGACUUCGAAGAAGACGAGCUUCCUGAUGUGGUACUAUCUGAUCUUGAGGAGGCAGGAGAGGAACAAGAGGAGGUCGACGACGACAAUGAGGACGAGGAUGAGGACGAGGACGGCCCAGCCCGCAAGAAGCAGAAGACGACCAAGGAUCGUAAGAGGGAGCGUCUGACUACUCAGAAGGAGGCACGUAAGGAGCGUUCCAAGAUCGAGGCUCUUGUUGAUGCCAAGAUGGAUAUCGACGAUCCCAUAAUUCCAGGUGGCUCGUCCAAGAAGACUCAAGGGUCAAGGUUUGCCUAUCGGGAGACUUGGGCGGAGUCUUAUGGCCUGACAGCCAAAGACAUCCUCAUGGCACCCUCUGAUUCCGCCCUGAAUGAAUACGUUGGCCUGAAGAAGUUGGCACACUUCCGACCAGCCGACAAGAAAGCCAAGGACAAGAAGCGGUUGAGUAAGAAGCAGAGGUUGCGACAAUGGCGAAAGGAGAACUUCGGCCCCGAGGCCGAAAGAGAAGGUCCUGCUUUCGUUUUUGGUGAUGGCCAAGUGAGAGGAGAUGGCAAAGAGGCGGUCGAAGAGGAAGCAAACGCCGUCGAGGGCUCCAAGAAGCGCAAGAAGCGCUCUGGACGCAGCAAGAACAAGGCUGGCACUGACUGA